AUGCAAGGCCUUACCCCUUCCAACGAGGAGUACUACCCCACUGUGGUCAUCAAUACUUUACUCCAAAACAUUCUGCGAGAGAGCUCUCUUGCACAAUACCAUUCUGCUGUGAUUGACGCCAUUGUUACGAUGUUCAAAACCCUCGGACUCAAAUGUGUUCCAUUUCUGGGCCAGAUAAUACCUGCAUUUAUAUCGGUCAUCAGAAGUACGCCGGUCAGCCGACUCGAAACGUAUUUCAACCAGUUGGCAAUCUUGGUAACGAUCGUCAAACAACAUAUCCGUGCAUUCCUCCCCGAAAUUAUCGAAGUCAUUCGUGACUAUUGGGGAUCUCCAUAUCCCGUACAAUGCACGAUAUUAUCGCUGGUGGAGGCUGUUGCUAAGUCAUUAGAAGGCGAGUUCAAAAAGUACUUGGCCGCGCUUGUUCCAUUGAUGCUGGAUACUGUUGAAAAGGAUAAUUCUGUCCGCCGCCAGCCCACAGAGAGGAUCCUUCACACUUUCCUGAUCUUCGGUUCAAGUGCCGAAGAAUAUAUGCAUCGCAUUGUCCCCGCCAUUGUUAAAAUCUUCGAUAAGACUCAAAAUCCCUCCAACAUUCGAAAAUGCGCCAUGGAAACGCUGGCAAAACUCUCUCGACAGGUUAACGUAUCAGACUUUGCAUCCCUUAUGAUACAUCCGCUCUCAAGAGUUAUAAACAACGCCGAGAAACCACUUAGGCAAACUGCUUUAGACUGCAUUUGCACUCUCAUCUUCCAGCUUGGGCAGGAUUUCAAUAACUAUGUUCCACUCAUCAACAAAGUCCUUAAGUUUAAUCAAAUACACCACCAUAGUUAUCAUGUUCUUGUUUCCAAGCUGCAGAAAGGAGAUCCAUUACCCCAGGACCUUAACCCCAAUGAACACCAUAGCAAUCUUGUGGAAGAUUCAGCGUUUGCGGAUGUUGGCCAGAAGAAGAUAUUCGUUAACCAACAACAUCUCAAAAAUGCAUGGGAUGCCACACAGAAAUCAACUCGAGAGGAUUGGCAGGAAUGGAUUCGGCGCUUCAGUGUCGAGCUACUCAAAGAAUCCCCCUCCCAUGCCCUUCGUGCCUGUGCUAGCUUGGCUGGUAUAUAUCAGCCGCUUGCUAAGGAUCUUUUCAACGCCGCCUUCGUUUCUUGCUGGACGGAACUUUACCAUCAGUACCAGGAGGAAUUGGUUCACUCCAUCGACUUGGCACUUACUUCUCAAAACAUCCCUCCCGAAAUCCUACAAAUACUUCUCAACUUAGCCGAAUUCAUGGAACAUGACGACAAAGCUCUACCAAUUGAUAUCCGGACUCUUGGGAAAUAUGCCGGUAAAUGUCAUGCAUUUGCAAAAGCAUUACAUUAUAAAGAACUGGAGUUUGAACAAGACCAAAACUCUGGAGCAGUGGAGGCAUUGAUUAGCAUCAACAACCAUCUUCAACAGUCUGAUGCCGCAAUUGGUAUUCUCCGCAAGGCCCAAGCGUAUCGAGAUGUCGAGUUAAAGGAGACAUGGUUCGUGAAACUCCAGCGAUGGGAGGAAGCGUUAGCUGCUUAUAAGAGACGAGAGUUAAUCGACCCUGAUUCUUUCGAAGUCACCAUGGGUAAGAUGCGAUGUCUUCACGCUCUUGGCGAAUGGAAAAUGCUUUCAGACCUUGCGCAGGAGAAGUGGAAUCAAGCCUCAAAUGAGCACCGCAAGGCCAUCGCCCCACUCGCUGCUGCUGCUGCAUGGGGAAGAGGCCAAUGGGAGCUUAUGGAUUCAUACAUUGGGGUGAUGAAGGAGCAGUCGCCUGACCGAUCGUUCUUCGGAGCAAUUCUCUCACUUCAUCGCAACCAGUUUGAAGAAGCGUCGGCUCUGAUAGAAAAGGCCAGAAAUGGCCUAGACACUGAACUCUCUGCAUUGCUAGGUGAAUCAUACAACAGAGCUUACAAUGUUGUUGUCCGGGUGCAAAUGCUCGCUGAGCUGGAAGAAAUCAUUACUUAUAAAAGAAGUGUGGAUGACCCAGAAAAGCAAGAGGCAAUGAGAUUGACGUGGAAUAAACGACUUCUGGGUUGUCAGCAGAAUGUUGAGGUAUGGCAGCGUAUGCUCAAAGUCAGGGCACUUGUUAUCACUCCCCGUGAAAAUCUUGAUAUGUGGAUCAAGUUCGUCAAUUUAUGCCGCAAAUCGAACCGUAUGGGACUUGCAGAACGUUCUCUUAGUGCCUUAGAGUCUAUUGAGGCCGCAGAUGGUGGCAUCCCACCAGAAGUGACCUAUGCACGCCUUAAAUUUGAUUGGGCCUCUGGCCGACAGCCUGAAGCUCUCAAAGCCCUGGAGGAAUUUACUAUCUCUCUUACGGAAUCAUAUGGGCGGUAUAAUUCGAUUCUUUCUGCGCAAGACGAGCAUACGCCUACCGACGGGCCAGUCCUCAGCAACGGUAUAAAUGAUUCCAACCAUACUAAUCCUGGAUAUUCAAAACAACACCUCGGUGAUGCCAAUAAGAUCCGACGCCUUCUUGCAAAGAGCCAUCUUAAACAAGGAGAAUGGCAAACGGUGUUACAACGCGGUGAUUGGAGAUCAGAUGGUGUCCGUGAUGUUCUAAACUCGUAUUCUGCGGCUACACAAUAUAACCGCGACUCAUACAAAGCGUGGCAUGCCUGGGCUCUCGCGAAUUUCGAAGUGGUGAACUCCCUAACAGCUCAGCCAGAGAGAGAGCCUCCUCAUCAUAUCAUCCUCGAACAUGUCAUGCCGGCAAUACGUGGAUUUUUCCGUUCAAUCGCACUCCUACCAUCAAGCACAUUGCAAGAUGCGCUCAGGCUGCUGACACUCUGGUUCACCCAUGGUGGUGACGCUGAAGUUAACGCUGCUGUCGUGGAAGGCUUCUCAACUGUGAGCAUCGAUACCUGGCUUGAAGUUACUCCUCAGCUCAUUGCCCGCAUCAAUCAACCCAAUCCUAAGGUACGCACUGCUGUACAUCGCUUAUUGGCUGAGCUGGGCAAAGCUCACCCCCAAGCCCUGGUUUACCCCCUAACUGUCGCAACUAAAUCUAACGUGGUGCGCCGCUCCCAAUCUGCCAUGACCAUCAUGGACAGCAUGAGAGCGCAUAGCUCACGUUUGGUUGAACAAGCUGAAGUUGUCAGUGGUGAGCUAGUGCGUGUGGCAGUAUUAUGGCACGAACUAUGGUAUGAGGCGUUGGAGGAGGCCUCUCGGCUCUUCUUUACCGACCAUGAUGUGGAAGGCAUGUUGUCCACUCUUGCGCCUCUCCACGACAUGCUCGAUAAGGGUGCAGAGACCUUAAGAGAGGUAUCCUUUGCUCAGGCCUUUGGGAGAGACUUAGCCGAGGCCAAACACUUCUGCAACUUGUACCGGGAAACGGGAGAAAUGGGCGAUCUCAACCAAGCUUGGGAUCUCUACUACAAUGUGUUCCGCAAAAUUUCCCGACAAGUAACGCAAAUCAAAUCACUUGAUUUAAAAUACAUUUCACCCAAGCUCAAGGACGUUGUCGAUCUUGACUUGGCUAUACCCGGCACAUACCAAAGUGGACGACCCGUCAUCCGAAUACAAAGCUUUGACAGUGUUGCUAUUGUUGUCCAGACCAAGAAGAAACCCAGAAAGAUGAUCAUCAGAGGAAGUGACGGAAACUCAUACAUGUACGCGCUCAAGGGCCAUGAAGAUAUUCGACAAGAUGAACGUGUUAUGCAAUUGUUUGGUCUAGUCAACACUCUCUUAGACAACGACAGCGAGUGUUUCAAACGUCACUUAACGAUUCAACGGUUCCCUGCCAUUCCCCUGUCACAAAACUCUGGUUUAAUAGGAUGGUGCUGCAAUACCGACACGCUUCACGCUCUCAUCAAGGAGUACCGUGAGAGCCGUCGCAUUCUGCUUAACAUUGAACACCGAAUUAUGCUCCAGAUGGCUCCCGAUUAUGACAAUCUGACUCUCAUGCAGAAAGUGGAAGUGUUUGGUUACGCGAUGGACAAUACCACUGGCAAAGAUCUUUACCGAGUCCUAUGGUUGAAGAGUAAAAGCUCUGAGUCGUGGCUCGAACGACGAACGAACUAUACCCGAUCUCUCGGAGUUAUGUCAAUGGUUGGGUAUAUCCUUGGCUUAGGUGACCGUCAUCCGUCGAACUUGCUGCUUGAUAGGAUUACAGGAAAGAUAGUUCACAUUGAUUUUGGUGACUGCUUCGAGAUCGCGAUGCAUCGUGAGAAGUAUCCAGAACGGGUACCAUUCAGACUAACCCGUAUGCUUACAUUUGCGAUGGAAGUCAGCAAUAUUGAGGGUAGUUUCCACAUUACUUGUGAGGCGGUCAUGCGUGUUAUUCGCGAAAACAAAGAAUCCCUCAUGGCCGUUCUUGAAGCUGUAAGCCUCCAGCUUUUCUGGGUAAAUAUUCUUUUUCAGUAA